CAGCGGUUGCAUAAAUUAAAUGUUUACAUUUACGCCGGCCAGUGCUGUAAAGCAUAGUCUUCAUUCGUUAGGUGGCAACCCUGCCCGCCUAUCGACAGCCGCUGCAAUUAAUUAAUGAGGCUAAUUUAAGACCAGCAUAUAUUUGCCGGUUAAAACAAUAAAAAUCGUCCCUCUCUCUUCAUCAUCACCUCCACUCUCUCACGGGUGCUUACUUUAAGACGUUGACUAACACUGACCAGCAUUAAGAAAGUGUUAAUUUGCCUAAAAUGUACAAGUACAUGUGCGCCAUGUGUGCGUAUGUAUGUGUGUGUGUGCGGGAGUUUUCCUCUGUUAAAAUGCAACUUAAUUUCUUUUGAAUGCUGAGAAAACUGAAGGGGCUAACUCACUUUCCCGGUGGAACGCACAGCCCACAGAUCGCAGUAGAUCUUUAUUGAGACCGCAUAUUUUAUACACAAGGACGCAGAGGACAGAGAGAAGAAGGAAGGACGAAGCGAAGGAGAAAGGCGCCCCCCUCGUUUCCCGCCCAGCCAACAGCCGUGUGAAAGCGUCUUGAAUGGAUCCAUUUGUUGGCUGGUUUCAGAAGGAACAGGAGGGACCAUCGCUGCGCACAUGGUUAAAGAUUUGGGAGACGAAUGCCCAGGAGAUGGGCGCUUUGCUUGAUCAGCAGCUACAGCAGGCGACGACGACCAACGGCAGCAUCAGCGGCAACAACAAUAGCAGCGGUAACAACAACAGCAGCAACUCCACUAACAACAUAGGUAACAAUUCAACGGGCAAAUCCUACUUAUCGCGACCCAACAGCUCUCUAAGUCGGGUGCUAAACUUCCGAGCGGAUUCUCUGGAGAUUCUGCAGCAACAACUCAACGGCGUAUCGCAGCGCCAAAGCAGUUCAACCACCAGCGGCACAGGCACCAACACCAGCGGCAAUAGUAGCAAUACCAGCUCCUCGGCUGAUUCCACCACGAAUCGGGACAAUAACUCACCCGCCAACAGCAGCAGUUCCACCAACGGACCAGCAGGAGCAGGAGGAACAGCAACUGGAGGAGGUACUGGCACUGUCAUCGGAAACAGCAACGGCAGCGGCACCGGCACCAAUAGCCCGGCGACGACCACAGCGGCAAGCACAGCUGCGACCACGACUGGUCCAUCAGCCACCACCACCACGAGUAUGAGCGACACCAGCAACAACCCGCCACAGACAACGACCACGCCCGCCAGCCGCACGAACAGCAUCUACUACAAUCCGUCGCGCAAGAAACGGCCAGAGAACAAGGCCGGCGGUGCCCAUUACUAUAUGAACAAUCACAUGGAGAUGAUCGCCAAGUACAAGGGCGAGCCCUGGCGCAAGGCCGACUAUCCGUACGGCGAGGGCGUCAUUGGGCUGCACGAGGAGAUCGAGCACUUCUACCAGUACGUCCUGCCCACACCCUGCGAACACGCCAUACGCAACGAGGUGGUCAAGCGCAUCGAGGCCGUUGUCCAUUCCAUCUGGCCACAGGCGGUGGUCGAGAUCUUUGGCUCCUUUCGCACCGGCCUCUUUCUGCCCACCUCUGAUAUUGAUCUCGUUGUGCUAGGUUUGUGGGAGAAGCUGCCGCUGCGCACGCUGGAAUUCGAGCUGGUGAGCCGUGGGAUUGCCGAGGCUUGCACGGUGCGCGUUCUGGACAAGGCAUCCGUGCCCAUUAUCAAGCUGACGGACCGGGAAACGCAGGUGAAGGUAGACAUAUCGUUCAACAUGCAGAGCGGCGUGCAGUCGGCGGAGCUUAUUAAGAAGUUUAAGCGCGACUAUCCAGUGCUGGGGAAGCUGGUGCUGGUGCUCAAGCAGUUCCUUCUGCUCCGCGAUCUCAACGAGGUGUUCACGGGCGGCAUCUCCUCCUACUCGCUGAUCCUCAUGUGCAUCAGCUUCCUCCAGAUGCAUCCGCGUGGCAUUUACCAUGACACAGCCAAUCUGGGGGUGCUGCUGCUCGAGUUCUUCGAGCUAUACGGACGCAGAUUCAACUACAUGAAGAUCGGCAUCUCCAUAAAGAACGGUGGCCGCUAUAUGCCCAAGGAUGAACUGCAACGCGACAUGGUCGACGGACAUCGGCCAUCGUUCCUGUGCAUCGAGGACCCACUGACGCCGGGCAAUGAUAUCGGCCGGAGCAGCUACGGCGUCUUCCAGGUGCAGCAGGCCUUCAAGUGCGCCUACCGCGUCCUCGCCCUCGCCGUCAGUCCGCUCAACCUCCUCGGGAUCGAUCCGCGCGUCAACUCCAUACUGGGUCGGAUCAUUCACAUCACCGACGACGUCAUCGACUAUCGCGAAUGGAUCCGCGAGAACUUCGAGCACCUGGUGGUGGUGGACCGUAUCUCGCCGCUGCCCACUGCCGCUCCCGCUGCGUACGCCACCUCCAAUGGGGCGCCCAAAUAUGUGAUCAUGCCCUCGGGCGCCGUUGUCCAGCAGCUGUACCACCAUCCGGCGGUCCAGGUGCCCACCGCUCACGGGCACAGCCAUGCGCACAGCCAUAGCCUUGGGCACGCGCAUCCCGGCGGUGGCCAUUUAGGCCAGCCGUAUGUAACCGGGUCCGCUCCAUCCGCCGGAGCAACGACGACGACGGUGGCGGUGGUGGGGGGCGUGGGCGUGACGGCCGUCGGAGCCCAACAGCAGCAGCAGCAUCAGCAGCAACAGCAGCAACAGAACGCACUGGCCCAUUCCUCCUCUCACGCACAGCAGCAGUCGCAGAACCAAUCGCAGUCGCGUCACAGACGUGGCAGCACCUCGUCGGGAGAUGACUCCGAGGAUAGCAAAGAUUGCGAUGUGGUCGAGACGACGUCGGGUGCUCCGGAGGUCAUCGACAUCACGCUGUCGCCGCCGAAUAGCCUGAGCUCCUCCUCCAUAUCCAUGCCGCUGCCAGUGCUCGCCGUCGGCAUGCCAUCGACGAGCAGUUGGAGCGGCCAUGGCAACGGGAGCGGAAACGGAAACAGCAGCUCAUCCACUGGCUCGUCGCCGGAAAACGCCCACACCGCUGCCCAGGACAUGGACCCAGAGCUGGAGGAGGUGCAGCAGCAUCAGCAGCAGCAGCAGCAAAGUCAGCAGGUCCAGGAGACAUCUGGAGGUGGCGGCUCUGCAACCGGAUCCGGAUCGGGUUCUGGCAGGGGAGACGGCAGUGGUGGACGCACCUACAACCAGCGGGGCAGCCACAAUUCUAGUGGCUACUACCACCAGCAGUACUACGUGCCACCGCCGAUGCAACAGCAGCUGAGCAAGUCCAACUCGAACUCCUCAUCCUCCAACUAUCACCAGCAGCAACAUCACAGCCACAGUCACAGCCACAGCCAUAGCAACCACAGUCACCGGCAGCAGCAGCACCACCACCACCAGCAGCAGCAGCAGCAGCACAGCCACCAACAGCGACCGCAGCAUCUGCGGCUGGGCGGCAAUCGCUAUCAGAAGUCCGUGGGCGGAUCGCCCACCAUCAGUGCCGGCAAUACAUCGAACAGCAGCAGCAACAGCAGCAACAGUAGCAGCAGCAGCGGCAACCACAGCCACAGCAACAACAAUAACAAUAACCGCCUGCCGCCACUGCGGGGCACGCUGGUGAAUUCGUCGUCGGCUAUAUCAAUCAUUUCCAUAUCCUCAGAGUCAUCCAUUGCCAGCAGCAGUUCCAGCUCGUCGAGAUCCGGACAGGACCAGCAGCAGAACGAGCGGGAUGAGCGAUAGGAUUAGGGUAUAUAUGAUAUAUGAUAUAGCAUAUAUAAGAUAUGAGAUUGUGAAUGAGAGAGAGAAAGAGAUAGUUACGAGUUAGCAAUAUUUAUGGAUUAUAUUUCUUUCUCAGGUUAACUGCAAACUAUGCUGCAUUUUUCUAAUUAAUACAUCCUAUCCUUCCUUUCACCCUCCUCUCCUUCACAAUCCCUUAAACGUAAUGGUUACACUAUAUUUUACAUUGCUGUCUCGCUUAAGCUGACAGAGCGAAGUAAACCUACUAAGCUUAAUUUUAGGAACUUUGCCUCUGAUUUCGCUAAAUGUUUUUCAUUUUGUUUCUAAAAUAAACAUGAAAGCAAAAAAAUAAAUUUAUAUAUAUAUAUAAAUAUUUAUAUAUAUAUAGAUAUAUAUUAGAUAAAAACGGUAUAAAUAUAAAUGUAAACUCAUAAUUAGAUUUUAAUGGUUUAAAAGAGCGAUAAACUGAAGUAUGAAAUUAGCUGCUAACAUAUUUAAGGUCUGCGAACACAUGUUUCCAAAUCUCUCUAGAACUCCAUAUUCCCCAUCCCCCCUUUAACCUUUUACCCAUGAUCACACGCAUUACAACUUGUAAAGUACUUUGUAGUUUCUAAAAUGCUCUACAUUUUAAGCAAGUGAUUUGUAAUCUAAAUAUUACCCAAUCCUCCCUCCAUACAUCCCCAAAAAAAUGAACAAAACAACGGAAAUUCUGCGCGCAAUUCCAACGCUAAUAUUACUAAGUGAAUUUGCGCGCAAACUGUAAAAAAAAAGUAACAUAACCAAAAGCUAAAAAUCCCAUCUCCCUAGAAACCCAAAAACGAAACUUAAAUGCGCCAUCACCCACGUAACUUCUGAUAACUUUUUAUUAUUUUGAGUUAGUUUUAUACCUGAAAUGUAAAUGUUUUUAUUAGUACCACUAUUAUAAUUACGAUGAUUAUUAUUAUUAGUUUUUAUAACUAUGCUUAGAGAUUCGUGAGCCAACUAAAAUUGUACGAACACUUUGCCCAGACCCAAGGCAAUUGUGUUUUAAAACAAAAGCAAACAAAAAAAAAAACAAAACAAAGAAACACCACAAAAACGACAAAAAAAAAAAACAAACCUACAACAAGAAAUCCAUCUUUUUUUUAAUCUAAUUUACUAUUAUUUGUUUAUUAUGAUUAUGCAAUGUGCAUUUUGCAUAGAUUCCUGCCAUUUGUUUGUAUAGUUCAGAAUUCCGAGAGCUCUGUAAAUACUUAGUUACCGCCCCCUCUGACCCCGGCCCCGCCCACCACGCCCCCCUCUAAACGCACUGCCAUUUUGAGAAAGGUUUUUAAAAAACACGUCGAAAAGGAGCUAGCAGAUGAGUAGAAAAGAACAUUUAGACUUUGUACAUGUAUAACAUUUUAGGCUGUUCUUCUUUCCAUUUGUAAAGAAAGCAAAACAAAAAAAAAAAUACCAAACAAGAAACAAAAAAACAAAAACCGAUCUACUUGUAAAGUCACUCAAAUAGACAGUGAAUAUGUCUGUGGAUCGUUUUAUAUGCGAGUCUUGAAUAGAGUUCAAUUUCAGAUAUGUAACACUAGGCAGCAAAUUAUAUAAGUUUUCUUUUGAGAGUCCAACUUCUUUUUCUAAUGCAUAUGAGAUCGUAAAUGUCGAAAAAAAACGGCUCUAAUAUGUUGUACGUCAAAAAAAGGUUGCAAUAUUAAAAUAUUGAAUAUUUAUUGGUUGUGAUAGCAUUCUUUUUUUUUCAUCGAUUUAUUUUAUAUGUACAUUUUAAAGUUAAAAUAUUUUUAAUUUGUUUCUCUUUUGUCUAUUGAUCCUGGUUUUUAAACAGUUUUUUUUUUAAGAUAAUUGAGAAAGUUGUAAUAGGAAGCUUGUGAAGUUUUAAUUGCGUUCAAUCCGAGUGAACUUUAAGCGGUUUAAAACCUAAAUAAAGUUAAAAUUUUUUUAUUGAUAAGAGUAUAAACCUAAGCAAAUAAGAACAAUUGAAAAGAAGGUUUCCAGAAACUUAAUAAUUUCAGUUUCCCAUUUACUUCCUGAAUAAAGUUGUUUUAUCAGACAUUUAGGGACCCUCACUGUUUUUGAAAAAUAAGUUGAAACUAUUGAUUUUUAAAUAUUUUAUUUUUCUGUUGCCUAGUGUCAAAUAAGCGAUGUCCAGUGUUGGCAAAAGCCAAAGUGCUCUCUCCCUUUCGCACGAUGACUCCUACAAGCUUGCAGCUGAGCUUUGAAGCCCACCUUACACACACUUUCUCGCUCACUCACAUCACAAUCACACCCACAUACACCACACUGGCGCAUUAGCACCCACACAGCCACACAAACAGAGAGGGACACUUAACGGUAAUGUUAGCAUAGAAAGUUGAAGAAAGCUAGGAGCAGUAAGUGAGAAUGAGAUAGCGAUACCGAUACCGAAAGUAACGUAUAAGAAUUAUUAAAUUUAUGCACUCGUCUGUUGAAUAUUUAUAUGAAUUAUAUGUAUGUAGUUACUAAUAUUAACUAAUUGAUAAAUAUACAAUAUUUAUAUGCAUAACUUGUGGAUUAAUGUGGACAAACAAAUGUUUAGAAUUAGCGAUCUAGCCAUGUAAGACUCGAAAAUCGUAAAUCGACAACUACUUAGACUACAUAACUGUGUACCAGAGCAUAUGUAAGCACUCCCACACACACAAGAUACACCAAUAAACAAAUACAGACACCCGCGCAUAAUCGCUAUGAAUGUUGAGGUUAUGUCGUAGAUUUUUCAAUAUCCGAUCACUGUUCGCCUAGCAUAGAAAGUAAGCCGAUGAACUAACUGUAAAACUAAUUCAUUUCUUUACUAGAUUCCAUGCGUCUUGUCCUUCGUUAUCGUUUGCGUUAUCGUUUCGAUUUUUAUACUCCCAAAAUAUUCUCCUAUCCUUCCAUAAUACGCAUAUGUCCUGUGUGCCGUUGUUGUUAUAUAUAUGCAUUAUACUCGAAAACAUUUUUUGUCGUCGCGAUAUUAGUGGGUAUUAAUAAAUUAAAUUUAAUUUAAUUAACUACAUUUAACGCAACUAAAUUCAAUUCAAGUGAAUCAAAUGAAACGAUCGAUACAUGUAUAUGAUAGAGUUCAAUAGCUGUGUAAGAAUCGGAAUCGUAACAAUUUAGUACGCAAAAAUCGUAAAUCUAACUGAUUGUAUAAUUAGCGAAAAAAGAGAAAACGGAAGCGAUAAGCAAAACGAUGCGACAAAUAAAAGCCGGCAAAAACUAAAA